CCCGGGCCCCCGAAGUCUCUUACACAGGCCGCAGCACCAGGCACCCACCCCCUUUUCCACCAGCCUUCCCCUGGACUUUUCUAGAAGCACACUUCCUCGUCCGUCAACCACCAUCACCAUCACCAUCACCACCAUCACCACCACUACCACCACCACCACCGAAUCACAUCCCCUUUUGCCCGCUCCCAAUCAUCAACAAAAUGCCCAUCUUCGAAACCCGAUUUCUUGCAGACCCCGACAUGGCAAGGUGGUGGGUGAUUGUUGCUGCGAGUACCUGGUUUCUCUACAACAAACGCUGUUUUCUCACCAAUAUCCUCUUCAACGAGGAUUGGACCGGCCUUGAGGGGAUGACGCCGGGUGACGAAGACCAGGAUCAACCGGCGCUUUGGACCAUGCUGGCCUGA